CCUAAAGACAAGUCUGACUGGUCUUGGGUAGGUACGGAAGUUCUCAAGGUCGAGGAUAUCACUCCUCUUCAUCGACGACGGGCCGCGGGGUUAGAAGGGGCCACCCAAUGUCCUAUACGAUGGCAACAUGACACAUCCGAGAUUGUCAAGCCUAUCGAGAUAACGAACGGAGAGAAGUGCACUCCGGCUAGAUGUAGAGGUAAAGUCAAAUGCUACAACCAUCUCGGUGCUGAAGAAGUUUUUGAAGAGAAAACGAAAGAUAGAUUACUACGAGAGUCUUUGCCGGACAAUAUGGAGAUCAGAGAUGGCCCUGCUGGUCUACGAAACCUAGGAGCGACUUGUUACGCCAACGCCUUUUUACAGGUGUGGUACUACGACAUACCUUUUAGACGUGCCGUUUAUGCCAGCGUCACUGAAGAGGAUACAACCACACCCUUAUAUCACUUAGCCCAAGUUUUCGCUUCGUUACAACUCUCUAAACGACCCUACAUUGAUCCUUCUCCAUUGGUAGAGGUACUUCAGCUGGACAAAGCCGAUCAACAAGAUGCGGCAGAGUUUGCUAAAUUAUUCAUGGAACUCAUCACCCCGGAUGUCCAAAUACAUCCUCAAAGCAAACUGAGAUCACUCAUCUCAGAUCAGUACGAAGGUAUAAUGGAAUAUGUGACAACUUGCGAAUGCGGUUACCAAUCUCGCAGACCGAGUACAUUCCGUGAACUUGAACUUUCCUUGAAGAGUAAAAGUACCUUGGACGAACAUAUCAAAACAUUCCUACGUCCUGAAUUAUUAAAUGGUCAAAAUCAAUAUUCAUGUCCUAUUUGUAAACGACUCAGAGACGCAACUCGGAAAACGGAGUUGGUCAAACUUCCCCCGGUGUUACAGAUCACUCUGAUGAGAUUCAUAUUUGAUUACAAGACUGAAUCGCGGAAGAAAAGCAAUGUGCCUAUCGAGUAUUCAACUUCAUUGAAGAUAGAAGAUCAAGAAUACGAACUUCAGGCUGUCAUAAGUCAUCAGGGAAGUAGUGCACAUCAUGGUCAUUUUACUUGUGAAGUUUACAGUUCAGAAGACGAUGACUGGCUUUUUUGCAAUGAUGAAGAGGUCACUCUUCGAUCGAGUCGACCUAAUAAACGUAUGCGUCAAGGCUCGAACGAGGUCAUAAUCCAAGCGGAAAAGACUACGAAAUCCAGUAAAGAUGCGUAUAUGUUAGUGUACAAGCGUAAGCGAUCCAGAAGCGAUUUGAUAAACGGACACCAGGCCAUCGCUUCGUCUCACGUUCAACCGCUACCGGUGACAUCCGUAAAGGAUGAGAUGGCGGCAAUGGCCAAAGAGGCGUCGAAUGGAGACGUGCAGUGUCACAAUGGAGACAAGGGUCUAAGCGAUCUCGCUACAGCGAUUUUGCCGCCCGAUGAGGUCAUCGUACCCCGAGACGCCCUCAGCAAGUGGUUCAAGACCACCCAGUUAGAUGAGCUCUCAACUCCACUCGACUUUGAACCUGUCAAAUGCUCUCAUGGCGCUAUCGACCCUAUCAAAACGCCAGAUUGUCGACUGAUUUCGCGGCAAGCUUGGGAUAGAAUCUCAUCCCAUCCAACUCUAGAUAUCUGCGAGACAUGUGUAAAGGAGGGUUUCAACCGACGUCUGGCCGAGAUGGAACAUAGGAACCAAGUCGUUGUAUUUAAUGAACUUAUCGGAGAAGAAGGAGAGUACCUCUUACCUUCUCGGUGGCUCCAGGAUUGGGACAACAGUAUAUGUACACCUCCCGAUCUUCCGAACCAUCCUAAUUACGAACUCUUGUGCGAUCACGGCGAAUUAUUUCCCACACUCCCGAACACCUUGUCAAUAUCAGUGGAAGCGUUACAAUAUCUACGAUCUCUCUUCGAAAAUCUUGAUCUUCCCAGAAUAGACACUCCGAUUUGUCUUGUUUGCGAAGAGAACCGGCCAAGCUCCAAAGUGGUCAAAGUACAUAAUGACGACGUGACGUAUGACCGGAAACUCAAAAGAGAGGUGGACGCGGCACCGAUGAUCUUUGAUGAGGAGUUUUAUGUCCUUCCAGAGGAGUUCUACACUAAUUGGUCGAAUUACAUCAAAGGACAAGCAGGAAAGCCAGUGAUGGAAAGAAUGACAUGCAAACAUGGAGGAUUAGAUAUCGAUCCUACCACUGAAAGCCUGGAGUAUAUUUCGAGCUCGGGUUGGCAGUUUCUAAGUGAGAAAUAUGGCACGCAGUCACCUGUCAUUGUCAAAUUUGGAGCCAACAGACUUGAAGGUGCAUCGACUAGUGUCAUUCAGUUCAGUCCACCCAUAUGCGAUCCAUGUCGCUUGAGAAGG